AUGAAGGUGGCGCUGCUCUUCCCCGCGCUCUGUGCGCUGCUAGCGACGCCUGCUGUGGCUUCAGGGCGUCAUGCCUCCGUCUCCAGUGAGUCUGGACGUCCAGCCGUGCUCUGGUACGCCCCUUUCCUCAGCGGCGGCGGCUACUGCAGCGAAGCGCACUCGUACGUCGUGGCCGUGGACGCUGCACUGGGGGAGUCAACUGCAAUGGAACCCCCUUUUGAGCUGCUGAUUACGCAGCACGGAGACUCGCUGAACCCGUCUUUCAUCCGAGACCUGCCCGAGGACAUGCGCUCCAAGCUGGAGCACCACUGGAUCGAGGAGCGGGACUUCUACUGGCGGCUCAAGAACAGGAAGAUCGCGCUGGCAAUUUGUCACUCGGAGCCCGGCGCCUGGGAGCCCGCGCACUACAUGACGUCCAGGUGUCCGCCGGAGAAGGCCCAGUACAAGGUCGGACGAACCAUGUUCGAGACGGACCGAGUGCCCAAGGGCUGGCCCGAGAGGAUGAACAAGAUGGACGAGAUCUGGGUGCCUACCAAGUUCCAGGAGAAGGUGUUUGUUGACGGCGGGGUCAGGCCUGAAGCCGUGAAGGUCGUACCGGAAGUCGUUGACGUGGACUUCUUCGACCCGGACAAGGUGGAGCAAGUGUACGAUCUGGCGAGCGAGACGGCGUUCGAGAUGACGGACAAGACCACCGUGUACUUGUCCAUUUUCAAGUGGGAAGAGCGCAAGGCCUGGAAGGUGCUGCUCACUGCGUACUUUGAGGCGUUCUCGGUUGAGGAUGAGGUGGUUCUUGUGCUGCUUACGAACGGUUACCACACUUCGUCGUCGUCGGCUGGGGACUUCCAGAGUCUUAUCGAGAAGUUUGCUUCAGAAGCAGUGGACAAACCGCUGAGUGAGCUGCCGCACGUUCACGUGCUGCCCCCGCAUAUCUCUCAGGAGGCGAUGCCAUCGCUGUACAAGGCUGCUAAUGCGUUUGUCCUCCCGUCGCGUGGAGAGGGAUGGGGCCGGCCGCAUGUCGAGGCCAUGGCUAUGGAGCGCCCCGUGAUCGCUACGUUCUGGAGUGGCACUACGGAGUACAUGACGGAGGAGAACUCGUACCCACUCCAGAUUGAUGGCCUUAUCGAGAUCACUGAAGGCGCUUUCUGUGGCCACAUGUGGGCUGACCCCUCCGUGAAGCACCUCAAGGAGCUGUUGAUUCGCGUGAAGGAGCAUCCGGAGGAAGCGGUUGCGAAGGGUAAACACGCGCGCGAUGACAUGGUGGCCAAGUAUUCGCCGGAAAUCAUUGGAGAAAUCGUUCUGGGUCAUAUUACGCGAAUUUUGGAGCACGUUGCGGCCAAGGAAGAGGCCACUCAAUCUGCAGGGGCGCAUGAAGAGCUAUAG